AUGGCGCAGACUUCAUCUGGAAAUGCGUACGUGCUGGGUGUGGGGUUGACCCAGUUCCUCAAGCCACGCCGCACGCGUGAAUACCCCGAGUUGGGCUAUGAAGCAGGAGUCAAGGCGAUGCUGGAUGCGAAGAUAGACUAUGAUUCUGUCGAAGCGGGAAUUGCGUGCUAUUGCUAUGGAGAUACCACGUCUGGUCAAAGGAUAUUCUACCAAUUUGGCAUGACUGGAAUCGAGAUCUACAACUUGAACAAUGCCUGUGCGACCGGUUCAACAGGUUUGCAUCUUGCGCGCAAGAUGGUCAAGGGUGGGCUCGCGGAUUGUGUUCUGGUGAUCGGCUUCGAGCAGAUGCGCCCAGGUUCCAUCAAGAGCGUAUGGGACGAUCGCCCUAGCCCCCUUGGCCCUUCUACAAAGAUGAUGGAGGAUGAAUUCGGCAAACAUGACUCACCUCGCAAUGCACAAUAUUUUGGAAAUGCCGGACAGGAGUACAUGUCAAGAUAUGGCGCCAAAGCCGAGGACUUUGCCGAAAUCGCUCGAAUCUCUCAUGAGCACUCACAGAAAAACCCAUAUGCUCAGUUUCGGACUGCCUACUCCCUUGAUGAGAUCGUCAACUCCACACCGCUUCAAUGCUCUCCGACUAGUGACGGCGCAGCUGCAGCUGUGAUAGUCUCCCAAAAGUUCCUCGACGCACGUCCGCAUCUGCGCUCACAGGCAAUCUUGAUGGCAGGUCAGAAGAUGCUCACCGAUGGGCCAGAGGUAUACUCUCGAAGCGCCAUUGAUCUUGUCGGGUUCAACAUGUCCCGUGAUGCUGCCAAAUUGGCUAUGCAGGAGGCCCAGGUUCAAACAAAAGAUAUUAAAGUCUGUGAGCUCCAUGACUGCUUCUCUACAAAUGAGAUGUUGUUGCUUGAUGGGCUUGGCUUUUCGGAGCCUGGAAAAGCACAUGAGAUGGUCCGUCGUGGGGAUAUCACAUACGGCGGUCGGGGUCCUGUCAUCAACCCGUCCGGUGGGUUAAUAUCCAAAGGCCAUCCACUUGGGGCUACAGGAUUGGCACAGUGUGCCGAACUUACUUGGCAACUUCGAGGUUGGGCGAACAAUCGAUUGGUUGAUGAAGUAGAUGUUGCAUUGCAGCACAACCUGGGACUGGGUGGAGCAGUGGUCGUGACUAUUUACAAGCGGGCAGAUGGUCAGAAAGGCAGAGCAGUUUCCGAUGCUGACGUUGCAAGGGCAUCCGGUGUUGGCUAUAAUCCCGCUGUAGAAGCCCGAUAUGUGACCCCACAAGAAGGCGAACGAGUGCGAAGCAAGGCCAAGCGCCACGAUUAUGUCCUGCACGAGACAGUAAGGAAGCUGUCGUCGCGAAUUUGA